UUGAUUCGUGAACCUACACCCUAAUUUUCUCCCUUUCCAAAAGAAAAACGCUCACCGAUCAUGAUCAAUCGCUUACCUUCCCAUCUAUUAGACCAAAUGCUCGGCAGAUUGGAACCCAAAUCUCUGGCACUACUUCGAUGCACGAAUAGAGAUCUCCGAUCGUAUAUCUGAUCCGAAUACUUCAACCGGGUCGUCGGAUCCAGUUUGCUCCACACAUCCGGCGCCUACAGUGCUCUCUCCAGCAUCCCCUUCGGAUCGAGUUUACCGGGAACCAAACAUGAAGUCCCGAGCUCGUGUCGGAUCCUCGGCUCCUGCUCCGGUUAUGUCCUUUUCGCGAUCUGUCAUAAGCUCUGCGUCGCGAAUCCCAUCACCAAGAGGUUUCUGUUUUUGGAUCCUCCCGAUGUUGGCCUUGGAAGAAUAAUACGUAGCGAGCCAGGCCUGGUGGGAAGAAAUCACAUCGGAUUCGCCGUAGAGAAAAUCGAUCGAACCACACAGAGAUUCAGAAUCGUUCUUGUAACUUAUCUCAAAAUGAUAUCCGCAACCAAAGAAUCGAUUUUUGAGUUGGUGGUUUACUCGGGAGAUUCAUGGAGAGCAUCGAGAAGGACCGUUGCUAACAGUCAAGCAAACUUAAAAAGCGUACCAAGCCUGUUCUCUUGGAUUGCAAUCUUUACUGCCUGUUAAGACGGAAACAUCAUUGCUUUCAAUCUCGAGAUGGAGCAUGCUCGGCUGAUUCCUGGACGGGAUCAUCAGGGAUCGAAGAAACUGUUUCUCGGAGCCGUGGAGAAACGCCUGACCUUAAUCUCUCCUAGUGAGCAAGUAAUAUCCGUUUAUACACUCGAGAAAAUAAUUAUUCAAAGUUUUAGUUGCUACGUUUUAAGGUUAAAAUUAUUCAAAGUUCGAUCUUUUUUUUCCCUUCAAUCAUGUGCAAUCUUAGAAAAUAAUCAAAGAUUUCCUCCACAAACAUCUGCCUUUUAUUCUGAGGCCGACCAAAUGAUUCCAAUUUCCAGCGUACAAUAUAAUAAACAAACAAAUCAAAUACCUUAAAGCACACGCGAUCAAGAAUCGA